AUGUUAUACUCUGGCAUGGAGGCAAUUAUAAGGGACAAUGACGGAAAAAGCAUGCAACCGUCGUACUGUAUGGCUAUUGGCAUUCCGGUACUUGUAGCUAGCACGACCGGUAUGAGUGACGACGAGUCAGGCAAUCAGAAGGCAGCUCAUGUUCUCCAAGCAUGUGGCGUUGGCCCGCAAAAACAGCAACAACCCAAAUCAUACGCCAUUGGUGCUGCCCCGGCCUUUUGGUUGGGCUGGGAUGGCGGGAUGGUCCUCGUUCGACUGACGUUGUUGCGGUUUUCAACGACAUUCAAGAGUUCGGCCGGGUGUCGCUUCACCAUAGUCUGCGUUCUUCGAUCAGAGUUCAGCCGAGCGUCGCUUCGCGUUUUCAGAGCCCCAGUUUCGAAGAGGCAGUGUGACGUCUUUUUCUCUGUCGGCACACCCUCCCUGAUGUUUGGCAAUCCACCGGCAGCGAGACCUGAUCCGUCAACACGAAGGCAUAGCGAGCCAGCAACGAAUGAGCCACCAGGUGGUCAGGAAGAGCUUACACCGCUAUCAGACAUUGACUAUCACUUCCAGCAGAUCGGUUGCCUAGGCCAUGGUGGAUUCGGUAGCGUUUUUCUUGCAAAGAAGCAAUCAGGGCGUCGGGUGGCUCUCAAGUUCAUAGCAUUAGAUCCAAACAACCAUGACAACAAUGACGAUCGUAAAGAGAUGUUGCGACGAGAGUUUGACACCGUCUUGCGCUUGGAGUGCACACGAUCCAGUGAGGGAUUGGCAAUCAUCUACUUUGAGGACUGGUUCAUUGGUGACAACUACGCUUGCAUUGUGAUGCAGAAUGCUGAUGGAGGAACUUUGGCGGAAGAGAUUCUGGCCAAACACCAGGCAUUGGAUCAAGGCCAAGGCAAACCCUACACAGAGCGACGAAUUGCCUCUUAUGCAUUCCAACUCAGCUCAGCAUUGCAGCAUGCCCAUAGCCGCGGAGUUGCACAUCAGGAUAUAAAGUCUUCCAACAUUCUCAUUGAUAGAACGGGCGGGGGAAAGCUUUUGUUGGCAGACUUUGGCAGUGCUGUGUCUUCAGGAAGAGACGCAGCACAUAUUACAGAAAUCUACGCUCCACCUGAAUUGCUGAGAGCUCGUUCUCAAGCUGACUUUUCUGGCCUGGAUCCGACAAAGGUGGAUGUCUAUGGAUUGGGGUGUGUUUUGUUCGAGUUGCUGUGCUGCAAGAAGCUUGUUGAUUUGACCACCGAACAAACUUUGGCUGAAUAUAUUGUUGCAAACAACUCUGCUGAAGCUGCCCUGGCCUUGCCAUGCAUUCAACUCCCCUUUCUUCCAGAAAUGAUCCCACCAGCUCGCCCUCAGAAGCAGACGAUUGGCUACACUCGUGUUCUAAAAAGCAUCGUCACAAAUCUUCUGCAACAGUGUCCUUCCACUCGCAGCACUUCUCUGGCACUGCAGACCUUUUUGAAGAAGGAUCCAGCCAGUCCGUUGCUUCAAGAUUAUCUACCGGCAGCACAGCCUCCACAACCAGGGGCCCCGGUGACAGUUGACAAUAUUCAGUUGGGGAUGUUUGUACAGCGGGGGCCUCAUUGGGUGGAUGGAGACAGUGAUGGUGGUAUCAACAGUGUGGGAGUCGUUGUGAAGUUGGAUAGUGAUGCUGGUUACACAGAGGUGGCAUUCCCCUUGCAAAACCCAACAGCUCUCAUCUUUCGCAUUGGAGCAGGCAACAAAUUUGAACUGGCUGUGGGCCCUCCACCGGGCACGGAUAUCCCUUGUGGAACAUAUCAAGCCAAGACAUGUGGUAUCCUCGAUGGGGUUGACCCUUUCAGAUUUGCUGUUGGACAAAGCAUUGGCACCAACUGCAUGGUUGUUGGUGCAGCAAAACAAUCAAACCGAGUCUUCGUUGCUCCCACAGCGAAGAUCGCCGUCUCAGCCCCUGCCUUUACGCAUCAUCAACCCUUGGAGCCCCCUCCACUACUGCCAAAGAAGGCGCUUCCCGAGCCGGACAACUGGCAGCCUGGGACCAACACAAUGCCCGAAGUCAUUGAUGCUUUGGAGCGGCAACGAGUCUUGGAUGCUUUCUUCUCCGAGAAUUCAGGAAUGGGUGCACAAGACUAUGAGGUUUUGUCGAUUCAGCGGAUUCAGAAUGCCGCGUUGUGGAGAUCCUUUGCCGACACUCGUGAAAGUGUUGCAGCUGAAAAUUGGGGAAUUGCCAACGAGAAGCGUCUCUUCAUGGGAACAGGACAACAUUCACCAGCAGAACUGCUUCUGCAGAGCUCACCACUCGAGUUCUUCACCAAGUGCAUUGUACCGACCGACUCCGACACCAGCUUGUGCUUCACUGCAAAGGCCACUUUUGCUGACCAGUACUGCCACCGUCCGAACGGAUUCAUGGGUGUGCAUGCGAGACAAGUGGUUCUAUCUCGUGUCGCCUUAGGCAGGACCAAGCCCUGGGUGCGUCCGCUGAAUCCCCUCCCUUCUCACUCUGUGAAUUACCACUCAGAGUUGGUACGACCGUCCAGUGAAAAUGUAGCAGACCUAGUCAGGGUAACAUCUUCAACCCAGGCAUACCCAGAAUACAUCAUCUCUUAUCGGCAGGCAAGUCAACAUCCUGGUCGCCCUUUGCUUAGAGCUCGGCGCCCCGAACGCCGUCAAAUGGCUCCGUUUCCACCGCGGGUGAACUUGAACUCAGCGGCUCGUCCAACUACAGCGGCAACACCAACAGCUCCACCAUCCACGCCGACGCCGACAACCCCACCACCUAGAUCGUCCUCUACGCCCCAGACACCCCGCUCCUCGACAAAAUCAUGCGUCGUGUGCAUGGAAAAUGACGUUUCGGUAGUGCUUGUUCCUUGCGGGCACCCCUGUCUUUGUAAAGAAUGCGCUACAUUUCAAGGUCUCAUGAGGCUUCGCAACAAAUGUCCAGAAUGCCGAAACUUCAUCACUCGAGCCAUGCGGAUGUACGGUCGCGUUGUAGAGGAUUGA